CGGGAAGGGCUGUGAACCGGUGGCAGCUGCAGGUGAAACCGAGGAGAGGACGCGGCGAGGGCUGCUGCGGAGCGGUGUCUGCAGUUGCUGGGUCUCCGCUUUGUCUUGUGAAGACCUCGCUUUCUUGCGCGAGGGUUGGACUUGCUGAAAUGAGCAGUCGUAAAUCAAAGAGUAACAACGUAAGACAUGCGGAGUGCCUUUCACAGGUACAAAGAAUUUUACGUGCAAGAUUUUGUCAUCAGAGUCCACAUGGUAACCUGUUUGGAUUACAAGUACAAUACAAGCACUUGAUUGAGCUGCUCAAAAGAACUGCUAUCCAUGGAGAAAGUAACUCUGUGCUCAUUAUUGGACCUCGAGGGUCAGGAAAGACCAUGUUAAUAAAUCAUGCUUUGAAAGAACUCAUGGAAAUAGAAGAAGUGAGUGAAAAUGUAUUGCAAGUUCAUUUAAAUGGACUCUUGCAGAUCAAUGAUAAAAUUGCCCUGAAGGAAAUCACAAGGCAAUUAAAUCUGGAAAAUGCAGUUGGAGAUAAAGUGUUUGGAAGCUUUGCUGAAAACCUUUCAUUCCUUCUGGAAGCCUUAAAAAAAGGUGACCGAACUAGCAGUUGCCCUGUGAUCUUCGUAUUAGAUGAAUUUGAUCUUUUUGCUCAUCAUAAAAACCAAACACUCCUUUAUAAUCUUUUUGAUAUUUCUCAGACUGCACAGACUCCAGUAGCUGUUAUUGGUCUUACGUGUAGAUUGGAUAUUUUGGAACUCUUAGAAAAAAGAGUGAAGUCACGAUUUUCUCACCGGCAGAUACACUUAAUGAAUUCAUUUGGUUUUCCACAGUAUGUUAAAAUAUUUAAAGAACAAUUAUCUCUACCUACAGAAUUUCCAGACAAGCCUUUUGUAGAGAAAUGGAAUGAAAAUGUUCAGAGUCUCUCAGAAGAUAAAAGUGUGCGAGAAGUACUACAGAAGCAUUUCAAUGUCAGCAAAAACCUGCGGUCAUUGCACAUGCUAUUGAUGCUUGCUUUAAAUCGACUGACAGCGUCUCAUCCGUUUUUGACUGCCGCAGAUCUCAUGGAGGCUACCCUGCUGUUUAGCAUGGAUUCUAAAGCCAAUAUUGUACAUGGUCUCUCAGUCUUGGAAAUCUGUCUCAUAAUAGCAAUGAAACAUUUAAACGACAUCUAUGAAGAGGAGCCUUUUAAUUUUCAAAUGGUCUAUAAUGAGUUCCAAAAGUUUGUUCAAAGGAAGGCCCAUUCUGUUUAUAAUUUUGAGAAACCUGUUGUCAUGAAGGCUUUUGAACAUUUGCAACAAUUGGAAUUAAUAAAGCCCAUUGAAAGAACUUCAGUAAAUUCGCAGAGAGAAUACCAGCUGAUGAAAUUACUUUUGGACAAUACUCAGAUUAUGAAUGCUCUGCAGAAAUACCCCAACUGUCCCACAGAUGUUAGGCAGUGGGCAACGUCCUCACUGAGUUGGCUAUGAAUGUAACUUCAAUCCUUGGCAUUUUGCAAUUGUACUUUAACAAGAUAUGUUACAACA